AUGUCGAGCACAUCUGAUUCGCCGUCGGACUUAUGCAUCGCAUCGGAAGAGUCUUCGGAAGACGAACUCUUGCCAUUUACCCAAGAGGAUUAUGAAAAGCAUAGUGUGUAUGACCCUGUGCGAGCGUUUACGCAUUGGUACAAUAGAAACAAGGGGUCUGAAGAUAAGAGUUCAAAGGAUAAUAAUGUCGUUGGAGCUCUACUGAAACAACUUGAAGAAAAACGACUCGAACUCGAAACAAAGCAAAAACAAUCCAAACCACCUCCCGAAUCAAUCGGCCCUUCUCACACAUCCGAGUCUUCGAAUAAACCCUCUUCUAUUUGCCAGCAACUCGCAACCCCAUCUUCUUCCUUGUCUCGCGAAGAACAUCUGAAAUUUCUUCAAUUAAACACAAUUGCCGCCUCAAAUCCUCAGCUGCUUGGUGACAACGAUCGAAAAAUUUUUCAUUAUUUGCGAGAGCGAGUGCAGGAAGAGAAAAAUGCAUAUAUGAAGUGGUUGUAUGAUAGAGCAAAAGAACGAUUCCAACAUUUAGAUAAGAAUGUGGAUGAGGCGGUUGAGGGCUAUCUGACCAUUGAACGGGAACGUAUUAUCAGGGAUUAUCCGCGAUAUUAUGAGUUUCUUAAAGCUUUCGACCUUACAGUUGGAUUGCCUGAUGCGCGAGAUCCAAUUUUGGUUCAUAAACAGACGCUUCAUGAAGCUGGAGCGUGUUUCCAAUUUACUCUGCCAAUGGGAACAGCUUCAAAAAAGAUUCCUACGCAUGAAAAUUAUUUGCAAUCAAAUAAGACGGAGACUAUCAGUUCUGAUCUCGUCUUAGACAAUCAAGCAGAAUCCAAUACUCAAACGAAUAUUAAAAUACAUGAUGAUAAGACAGCAGGAAGUCGAUGGCAGAAAUAUAUCAUGCCUGUGGUCAGUGCAGAUCCAUUAAUUCCAGCUAUGGUGGAACAAAACUCUGUUGAUAUCGUGAUCUCCUCGAGUGGAUUGUGCGCUCUUGUUGCUCUGCAUGCAUCAACUGAGAGAGAUUGCAACAUUCCCAUAUGUGUCGUUUCGCGCAAAAAUGCCUCUGGUGAAAUGAAAAGGACUGUGUAUAUUGACAAGCCAUUUGUGAAGAAGAAAAUGACGAACCGCGAACGUAAUCAAAUAUUUUAUGAUGCUGCUUUCAAGAGUGUGGUUAUGGAUACACGGCAUACAUUUGAAAAGAAAAAAGAAUCGAAGUCUAGCUUUUUGAUGGAAGACCAGGAAUUUAACGACAAUGAAAGCACACUUGAUAUUUUUAACGAGGAGUCACAAGAACAAACGCCUUCUAAUCAAUCGACUAAGAGCACUUUUAGUGAGACAAUUAACGACAAUAAACUUUCUGAACAUGAUGAGAUCCUGAAAGAUGAUAAUAUGAGCGAUAUUGUCGACACUGGGACAGACUCCGAGUCAAAGAAUAUGACUGCUUCUUUGUCAUCACCCGAACUACUGCAGCGAGCGGGCAAGGAGAAUAGUCAAACUACAUUGGAGAGGCACGUCAACAUUACUUAUAACUUGUGGUGUUUUGGUGAGUUUAGCGUAUUAAUUAGAUGUAAAAGGCAUGGAUUUGCAUUCGAUUCCAUCAACAAGCCUCGGAUUGUUGGGAUAAAGACGAAUCUUGAGUAUCAGCUUGAUUUAGGCAUGGAGGAGAUUGCUGCUGCUGAUAGGGCUCGAUACUGGAUCCACACUUACAUUCGCGGGGAUGCUGAUUUGAUGCUUGGGCGAAUAGACGUGCUUAAUACUGAAAUACAGGCAGUCGAAAGAAAACAGAUGAUCAAUAUUAUACCAAAUGGAAAUUGGCAAAGGUUCGAGUUUCUUCCCGAUGGAAACUAUUUGUUUUCUCAUGCAGCAGGAGAUUUACACGCAAGUAUAUACAAAAGCAUAAUCAAAAACAACAAAGAAUUCCCAGAUGCAACAGUUUCAACAAGUCAAUCGCGUAUCUAUGAUCUCCAUACGGCCUAUUCAGCUUCAGCGAUUUAUGACACUGAAACUGUACAUUUUGUACCAUUGAAAUGGAACGGCCCUUCAGACCAGAUACCGUUCACUUUUCCUGUCCGCCAGAAGCCACAAUUUUGUUAUCAGUACGCUAAUUAUGGUGUUUGCACACGGGAACAGUGCCCGUUCCAACAUAUUCCGAAAAAUGAAAUAAAUGAUCCACAGACUUUGAAGAGGUUAAGCACACACAAGUUGCCUGACGACGCAAGUGGAUUACCUGGUAAGAUUCAGAAAACUGAAAAAUCAACGAAAAGUCCGAAACGGAAGAAGGCAAAGUCAAAGAAAAAACAGAAAGAGCGAUCAAAUUCAUCUAUUACUCGAGAUUCAAUGGCGCCUGCUGCUGCCACUACAGGACAUCAAGCUAAUGAAUUUGUUCAUUUGGAUGAUCCAACUAUCAUCGAGAAUUCGUCACAGUCAGCCUUGGAAUAUGAUCGGUUGAUGAAAGAAUAUCUAGAAAAGAAGAAGAUACAAAAAUAG